GCGCAGAGUCUAUUCGACUAUGCCAUGUCGAUAAACGACCCACGUUUCGAUUCAUAUUACAAGUACAUAAACUACCCAGAUAACGGGGCAUGGUCAACACGUUUUACAGCUUGGUAUAUUCCUGGUCUCUUGCACAGAAACACUGGUUCGGAUUUGGAAAACGCUUUAGGUGCUUUAGAAGUUUUGUGAGUUCCGUCUUCACUAUAUGAAGCGAUACUAAUCAAUUUGCGAAGAGUUGCAAAUCAGGCCACAGAUGACUAUAAUAGUCUUUGGUAUGGAAAUUGGAGAAAUUCUGGUGAUCGUAAGCUUAAUAAAAGACCUCCCAAAGGAAGUAAAGAGAAUGAUUAACUUCCUAUGUAGAACCUCUUCCAACCCCAAACUCAGAACUCUACCCUCCAUUAAUCUAUGUAAAGUUUCACGCCCCAUAUCCUCAUUGUGAUACUAACUACAACCCUAGAAUACUUAUGACCCCAACUGGAGAGAAUUUAUCGGCAGCCAAAUUAUUCAAAUUCUCGUCGAGUUCUCAACUCUCAUACCAGAAACUCUCACAACCUCCCUCAUGAAAGCCCUUGAGGCCCAAGCAGUUGGCGCCAUGCGUCGAAAUGGUACUGAAGGCGACAAUCUUGUCACAACAUACACCAAUCCAGCUCUUAUGCGUGCCCUAAACAUUGGGUGGAUUGGCGAAAAACUAGGAAAUCAAACUCUAAUUGACUACGCCAAUGAUCAAAGCACUCAGAUUGUUGAGCUCUUCAAUGCAGGGAACGGAACCUUUGGAGAAUACACGGCUUUGACUUACUACGGAGAGGAUGUUUGGGCUCUCGGGGCUACGAUAAAAUAUGGACCUGCAAACUCAACAUUGACAUUAUAUGCGCCCUACCUGCUGUCAACUCUUUGGGAUGAUAUUGCAGAACAUUAUAAUGCUUUUCUGGGAAACUUGGUUGGUCCUUAUGAUCGCGCAAAUACCAGAGAUUUGACGCAGCACUCUGCUGUUCUUGGACUUUGCUUUUGGGGUCUGUUUGGGUAUGAGAAAGCACCGGUUCCAAAUAAGAUGGAGGCGGAUUUACACUAUGACGCUGCACAAGGAGCCGCUCUAGCUCUUAUCAUCGAUACAGUGAAAGAUCAUAUCAAACUAGAGACGCUCGCAAAACUCACCACGCCACCAACAGAUACUGAAGAGAGGAUGAUCAUUCGUACCGUCCGAGAGAGUUUGUUCAAUGACACAACACGGACACAUACUUCCUGGUUAUCCAAGAACCUCAUGAUCGGCGGCCAGGAACUCACAGAAACCACUAUCCGGAACAAAAAACAGUUUGUCCCAGCAAUCGUCCACUGGCCUUCAGACCCUCUACACACACCGUUUCCCUACAACGGAUUCUUCUCCCUCUACCCUACCGCUACAACUCUUUCUGCGGUUGCUAGCAAGAACAGAUUGGAGGUCUCAUACCCCAACACUACCCAGGCGGGAACAGACAGUUUUCAAUUCCUACUCAGCAAUAUUCCUCCCCCAUGGAUAUUGGCCGGAAACUUAGUUGACGGUUUCUCACAUCUUCCUUGUUUGAGUAUCAAUGUGACAGCCCUGGGAAUGCAAAUGCUACCGACGACUUAUACAGCCCAAGAUGGGAUUUAUAACCAUCUUUAUUACAAUAUCACCUACGCUGUUCCAGCGAACUUUACAGGAAACCCUUGGAUCGCUCUGGAUAUAGAGUAUACAUGUUAG